AUGAAUUCUUCCAAAACACGCCCACGUGAUGAGUAUGGCGUACUUUAUCAAUGCGAAUCGCACUUGCGUGUUCCCCGUCUCCUUCCGGUGUUUAGGGGCAUGAAGUCUCUCGUAGGUAUCUCACUGGCCCUUGCAGCCACAGCUCUAGCCCAUCAGCCAUCAAGUCGUAAAUCCUUGGGCUUUGGGCCAAAGAAUCCCCUCGUUAAGUUUGUCACGAAUCCCGCCCGCGUCCCAAGCUUCGUCCCCUUGACGACCCCGAGGGAUGUAGCGGUUAAUUUCCUCACCUCUAUCCAGGCUGCCCGUCCUGGCAGUCCCAAUGUCGAGGGCUUGGACUAUGUUAUUCGAGAUGAUUCGUACACGGAUGAACGAACAGGGGUUUCCCAUAUCUAUGUUCGCCAACUGUGGAACGGUGUUGAAGUGGCUGAUGGAAAUAUAAAUCUCAAUAUUAUGGAUGGCGAGGUCAUUUCGUACAGCGACUCGUUUUUCCGCGGGAAAACUUCUGAGGACUUCUACAACCGGGAGCCUGCUGAGGAUUUUCACGCCGUCUUCUGUGCUCAUAACUCGGGAUCCGUUGAAGAGCCGAACUGGAACGAACAGCUCGUUAUUGGUCACGACACCUUGUCUUCCAAGUCGGGACAUGUCAACUGCAACACGAUUUCCACUAUCGACAAGGCUCGUUUGAUGUCGCUCGCCAAGUCGGACUUGUCGCAGGAGGGCUCCAAUGAGCCACAGAAGGCGUUGUUACACUUCAUGAUUGCCGCUCAUCCAUCUCCUGAAUAUGCUGAGUCAUUGCUAAACAAUUUCGAUGAGCUUGUGAAGAAGAUGGACCUUGUUUUCACGUCCCACCUCGUGGGUGCCAGCCACUAUCCUACUGUGGAAGUUAGGAAUGUCCCUGGUGCCGUGAAUCCCGUCAAAGCCAAGCUCGUAUAUGUCCAGUCUCCCAAUUUAGAGGAUACUCAGCUCACCCUGACAUGGAAAUUCGAAAUCGAAAUGCAAGAUAAUUGGUAUGAGGCCUACAUAGAUGUCUCUCACCCUUCGCAUAUCCACACCGUCGUUGACUGGACAUCCGAUGCGCCGAUUCCCGAGCCUAAACCGUCCCUCGUGCCAAAAUACACUGUCUGGCGAUGGGGCAUCAACGACCCAUCUGAAGGUGUUCCUUCGGUUGAAUCUGGCUACGAUAGACUGGCUAGUCCUCUCGGUUGGCACACCUUGCCUCUCGCAAAUGACCCAUCUGAAUCUGCGCUCGGGCAUGAUCCCGGUCAACUGCGUAACACUACCACAACUUGGGGCAACAACGUGAGACUUCCACUAGUGAAUGCUCCUCAAUCUGAGCCAUUUGUUUCGCAGGUUUUCGCUCACGAGAAUUGGGAGGGUGCCAAUAACUGGAUUGAGAACUAUCGGCCUGAUGCCCAAGAUCUCAACUUUGACUACAAGUACGGUACAAAGAAGAAUGAACCCGCCUCAGACCCAAAGGAUUACGUUAACCUCACUGUCACGCAACUCUUCUAUACGGCGAAUAAGGUUCACGAUUUAUUCUACCGUUACGGAUUCGACGAAGUCAGUGGGAAUUUCCAGCAAUAUAACUUUGGAAAGGGGGGAAAGGAGGGUGACGGAGUCAUCGCCAAUGCUCAAGAUGGCAGUGGUUACAAUAAUGCUAAUUUCGCAACUCCUCCAGAUGGGCAACACGGGCGCUGCCGCAUGUACAUUUGGAACACAGCGGUCGUAGGCAUAGUUUUCUUUUUGUCGCCCGAAAAUAGCGUGACUGAGAAAGUGUUGAUCUCUCAGCCCUACCGCGAUGGUGAUUUAGAGUCUGGCAUUGUUAUUCACGAGCUUGCGCACGGUUUAUCCACCCGUCUCACUGGCGGUCCUGCUAACAGCGGCUGUCUUGGAUGGGGUGAAAGCGGUGGCAUGGGUGAAGGAUGGGGUGACUUCAUCGCCACUACUGUCCGCAGUACUAGCGCUUACAAGGAUUAUCCUAUGGGUGCUUGGGCUGCAAAUCAGGAGCGGGGCAUUCGGAACUAUCCUUAUUCAACUGAUAUGAGCAUCAAUCCCUCCACCUACAAGACGUUGGACAAGCCUGGUUACUGGGGCGUUCAUGCCAUCGGCGAGGUUUGGGCAGAGAUCCUCUGGGUUAUCGAGCAAGAAUUCAUUAAGAAGCACGGAUUUUCGGACACACUCUUCCCACCCCAGCCUGAUGAGAAUGGCGACAUCCCAGAGGGGGAUUUCUAUCACAAGCAGGAGUACAGGGCCGACGGCACCAAGAAGCCUUUGGUACCCAAGCACGGUAACUCUUUGUUCUUGCAGCUCGUGAUCAAUGCUAUGAAGUUGCAGCCUUGCCGUCCUUCAUUCUUCGACGCUCGUGAUUCUAUCCUCCAGGCUGACCGAAUCCUUACCGGAGGCAAGAACCAGUGUGAGCUUUGGAUUGGAUUCAGUCAGCGUGGAUUGGGUCCUGAUGCAACCAUUAUUGGCUCCACUCCUUGGGGUGGAGGUGUCCGCACUGAUGAUUUCGACGUUCCCCCUGGUGUUUGCAACAAGUAG